CUAGCUAAAACCUGGAAACUCUUGGAUUUACCUAGACAUAUUGCUCCCGUAGGGCGAGAAAUGCUUCUUUCGCCAUGCCAGCUGCUCUCGAGCUCGAUAACGGGAAGCACAUUACUUACGAGUUGGCCCUCAAGAAAGAUGUCAACAUCAUCAAUGAAGCAACAUACCCUAGAGCGAGGAGACGGCUCUUUCAGAAGCUCUGGGAUCAGCGAGCAACGAUUCAGGCCCUUGUUCGGCAUCACCUGAGACUGCGCGAUCAAGACGCUUGUAUUGUCAAAGCAGAGAGCCAAUGGAUUCGAGGGAGCUUUAAUGUGUGCAUACCUGUGGAAGUAAGGUCGGCCAGCUUCAACAAGAACCUGAUCUUUCGUUGUCCUAUGCCACACAAGCUUGCCGAAGCCAAACACCCUGGCACGAUUGACGAGAAACUAAGCUGCGAGGUUGGAGCCUACGUAUGGAUGCUAUCCAUGCGUAUCGUUCGAAGCCUGGGCGGCGCAAUUCAAGCAGUACGGCAACUUCUCUGACUUCUGGUUUGACGACCCACAGAAGUCUAAUUACAUCUAAUUCAUGCUGCAGUCACGCGACCAUGCGAAGAAGGAGUUGGAGACUGGGGAAUGGGCACCAUCCCGAGCUUUCUACGAAUCCAUGACUCUCGACGAUGAAGCUUGCCAGCGGGCCGCUUCCGCUGGUCCAAUUCGGCGUUGUGCUCCACUUGAGAAGGAUG